CUGUCGGACGUUCACAUUGUGACACCCGGUUAAAGUGAGGCCAGCAGCAUUCACUGAUGUGUGGAAGUUAUUGAAGACGGCUGCGUUGUUGCGUUGUAGGUGAAUAUUUCAGGUGCUGGAGCAACGAUGUCUUCGGUUCUGUAUCUGAGGGAGUUGAUCAGCGAGAGACUGACUGCAGCCGCGGAGGAAAUCUUCACCGAGUUUGAGAAGAUAGUCGUUCAGUACGAAGAAGAGAUCGACCGUCAGCGCAGACUGCUGGAUGUCAGCUGGAAGCCGGACAUCAAGAUCCGCACAGUAGAUCUCCCACAUCAGCAUGUCUCCACUGAAGAAAGGGUUCUCCCUGACCAGCAACGCUGCAGCCAGGACAGGAACUCCGAUCUGGACCGGGAGGACCUCGAGCCUCCAGUGAUUAAAGAGGAACAGGAAGAUCUCUGUGCCAGUCAGGAGGGAGAGCCGAUUAUACUGAAGGAGGAGAGUGACGUCUUCAUGGUGACUCCUACUUAUGUGGACAGUGACCACAGUGAACCAGAACCAAACAGUGUCCAACUCCUCUCUCACUACUCUCCUUUAGCUGAGAGCCCAGAUCAGGAAGGAAGCAAGCAUGCGGACUCAGGAUCAAGUGGAAAUGCAGAGCUGAAGCUGAAGUCUGUGCAAUGUGAUGUUUGUGGAAAAUGCUUUAAGUAUAAAUACCAAAUGGAGAGACAUCACAAUAUUCACACAGGUGAGAAGCCGUAUGCUUGCAAUUAUUGUGGGAAAAGAUUCUAUCAGAUUCAUUUUAUGAAAUAUCAUGAAAGAAUACACACAGGUGAAGGGUCAUAUUCUUGCAAAAUAUGUGGGAAAAGUUUCAGUUUUAGCUCUCAGCUGAAACUUCACAUGCGAAUCCAUACAGGUGAGAAGCCGUACUGUUGUUCAACAUGUGGGAAGAGUUUCAGCUUUAGCUCUCAGCUGAAAGCCCACAUGAGAAUCCACACAGGCGAGAGGCCGUACUCUUGUGAAAGAUGUGGGAAAAGGUUCAGAUUUAGUGAUAAAUUGUUGGUCCACAUGAGAAUCCACACGGGUGAGAGGCCUUUUCCCUGCGACACCUGUGGAGAAAGAUUUAUAGACUCAUCAGCAUUAAGAAAUCACCUAAGAACACACAAAGGUGGUAAGUUGUCGUCCCAAAACGUCAGUGGGAGUCAAGCUUGAAAAAAAAAAAAACCUGUAAGAAUUUGUUCAGGUUCAAAGUAGACCUUUUGGAUUUAAAGCGCCUUUAGACUGUGCUUCAACAAUGAGCCUGUGAGUUUAUUGCAUGUCCAUCUGUGUUGAACUGCACGAUCGAUUUGAGGGCUGUCAAACUGUUCAGUGGAUUUGUGGUGAAUCUUCCCAAAGAGCAUUACAGUUUUACUUUUAACAAUAUUUCAUUGUUGGAAAAAAAAGUGUUUUUAAAAAUGUCACAUUAAAAGUCUUAAAUGAACAGAUGUGCAGCAACAUAAGCUCUGUUUUUUUUGCCUGUAUUUGUUUACAUUGUGCAAAAUGAAGGUCAUUGAAUCGGU